UCUCGAAGAGAAAACCUCAAACGGCCGACCGCGCGCGCGGCUCAGAUCAGCUGAAACCGAUGCGCUCCAUUAUUGUACGCGAAACGAGUCUACGAUCCGGUUUGAAUCCUUGUUCGGUUUCGAUUUGUCUAAUCCGUUUGUGAAAUUGGAAAUCCACCAGCGAUCCCCCAGUUCGAAAGCUAAAUUUACUAUCGUUUAAAUCUUGGUUUCGUUCGAAGUUUGAAGGACGCGGGAUUACGGGAUUUUUUUUUCGUUUUCGGGCGGAAGUAAAACCGAUUAGAUACGAGGAACCAAAGCGGAAAUCGAUUAAAAAAACGUCGGGUUAUCGAAAAUAAUCGAACUGUUUGUGUUAUUUGUAUAAGCUUGUUGGUGAAAUAGUGGUGCUUUUGAAGUGCGGAGAAAGUUGUGAGUUUGUGUCGAAAAAAAGGUUGAGGCAAGGGUAAAAUAAUUGAGUUGAGUGGCUUUCGAGUGAAUAUUGUGUUGUGAUUAAAAAUGAUGGCUUAUCAUCAGAGAGUCAGCCAGUUUCGUUCAAGAAUUGACUUUGACGAUCCGUCGACGACCAAGCCUUCGAGCUUGGCCAAGUCGGCUGUUCUGCAGGCCCUGGAGGAUGAGGAGCGCCAACAGAGCCGGGCGGGCAAAGGUUGGCAACGUCCCAGCCGCUCGCGACAACGAGACGUACCGGCCGUGCCCAGACUCAGCAGAACGCCUUGCAUCAACCGGGACACGGUCAUGCGGAUCAAUCGUCGUCCAGUGCGGCAUCGAUCUUGCGACAACUUUUGGCCCCCGGCCCGUACUCCCUCCCCUCUCGACAGGGCUGGUGGCCCUUCUGUGGGGGAAACCGAAGGUGGGUCUUUUGCUUACGAUGGUGUUCGCAGAUACGGUAGCAACGAAAGCGUGUACUUCGACGUGGAAAAUGUUUGCAAGCAGCACAAAAUCGAUCCACUGCGAACCAAAUUCGACAAGGCCAAUGUUGUCCUCGUGGACUGGGGUAGAAAGAGCGCCGUAAUAAACGACAUUGAAGGUUAUGACAAACGAUGCCGGGAAAAAUCUGAUGACACUGCUAAUAAUUCCAUCAAACGAGGUGAAAAUAUUGAAUCGGAAAAGUUUCCAUCACAGCUGCGGAAAGUGGCAGUCGAUGUCAAGCCAAAAUCAUCUGAUGAAAAUGUGGUUUCCGUUAGCAAGAGUGACGAGAAAAUGGUACCUCCUGCACCACCACCAAGACGAUACUUCAUACCCAUGGAACAAAUGCAACCAGGUCUUGGAGUGAACAUUCUAUUACAGUGUUACAAAGUAUCUUCCGAACCGGAUGAACAACUAAAUAAUCCUAUCUCUACUACAAUUGAUAAUUACUUCAAUAUUAUUCAACAAUCCAGUUCGUUGCCAGCUGCAGUUCCCGUUCCGGACAGUGAUGGCAUUCUCCAACAGGAUGGAAUCCAAUCAAAACCGCCACUCAAAGCCAGAAGCACUUCAACAAAGCGCACCAAUCUAGGCAGCAAACCUCCCACUCCGGUCCACUUCUAUGUCAGCCACAAUGACACUCAUAAUUCAAACAGCCCCGUUCCUGGAAAGCGGGAUGGGUUCAAUAUAAAUUCAGAUACGAUUUUGAAUUUAAAUAUUGACACCGCCGGCUCCAGCCUAACAGUAGUGGCAAAAGCACCGCAAAUCACCGUCACUGGAUGCCCGGAUCAGACAACGGACGCAACCACUAAUCAUUUCGACAAACGUCGCCCCAUGGGGUACCAGCAGCAGCAGCAGCUUCAGCAACUCCAAACAAUGCCACCGAAAACAAACGACCAAUUAUUAAAUGAAAUAAUAGAUGAAAAUCAUAAUUACAAUGAAAAACUAAUUACAAACAGCGGUGGAUCCAAUACGGAAUCCUAUCCAACGGCUUCGUCAACCUUCAUCGAAAUCGACAGCCAAUGCCUUUCCGAAGAGCUCCCUAACGAGCAACAUUCAAAAUUAAAUGUAUCAAAUCAGCCAAAUCGUAAUUGGAUUAAUUUAAAUUCAAAUGAAAUUCAUCCCAACUCCGGUAGCGGCUCAACUGCUGCUGUAGUCCCUCCUCCCGGUAGCCAAUGGGGAGAAGAUGCAGCGACAGCUGGCGCACGUAUGGCACAAACACGUGUCCGUUGCAAUUCGAUUGAUGCUGCUACUGCUUCUUCCGCUGCCUCCGUUUCACGCCCACCGAAGGAAACUAAUGACGGCCGCCCGACUGAUCGAAACCGGCCCACGGCAACAGACGUCGACAAGGAUGACGAUUCUGACGUCCGCAAUAAUUACGAUAAUAAAAGUGUUAAAAGUAAUUAUUGGGACACGGGCAGAGUGGCGUACGACGCUCUGUCACUGGCGGUGAAGGAUGAACGUCAGGAGCAGCAGCAGCAGCUGUGGCAACUGGAAAGGUCCGACAGUCGGGACUCGUCACGGAGCUGGCGGGUUGACGAGGUUCUCGAGUUUCCACCCCCACCGCCGUAUCUGUGCCUGUGCGACGAUGGGUCAGUUCCGUCCGGUAGGUGCUCCGAGGCGAGAUCGGCUUUCGACAGCCCAGACAGUGGAGCGCAAAUCUGCGAUAACCGCAGCCCAACGCCGACUCGCAGCCCCGGGCAGCCAUCGCACGGUCAUGCUACAUGGACCAGCAGAGCUGACAAUCCAACAAUAUCCCAAAGCUGUCGUCAGGAUUCAACUUCAUCUACGAUCCCAUCACCAGUGGCAGUUCGCGCUUCCGAUGUUUGUCCCUGGUCCGAACGGCGGUGGGACGAUAAUCACGCUGCAGCAGUGACUGGCGCUGUCCACCAACAUCGUCAGCCACCACACCGCACUGAUGAUUAUUUUAGAACAAAUUUAACGGAUGAUAAAUUUUUGAACGAAAACGUAAAUAUUGCAAGUAAUUUAAGCGGAGACCGACGGGGGCAGCAACAACUUCGAACCAGCACUACUGAUGACCCUCGGGUCUCAAACGUUGACGGUGUCAGUGACGGUGACCGGAUGGUCAACAGAUUCUACCAGGUACCGCCAUUCACCGGAGCACGAAAUUUCAAUCCGUUGCACAAAUCAAUCGACGCAUUUUUGGAUGCCGAACGACAAACGUUCGCGGAGAAUGAAAGCGUCACAGCGAAUGUACCGAUGUCAGACUCCACUCCCCCGCCAAUACCUCCACCGCCAGAAGAAUCCGAAAAUAGCAGCCGCUUUGUGAGCUUCACCGACGGGGAGUAUAUUUUCGGUCCGUAUGAUGCACGAUCGGAGGAAUUUCAGCGAUUUGACCUGUGGGACGGCGAUUUUCACAAGCGCCAGCAUUGCCAUCGCUGCCGGCCGUGUAAGAAACGGUCACCCAGUGGAACGCCAGAUGGCAGCGCCGGUAGCGUUUGCAGCAGCAGUAGCACCCUAUGUCCCGAGUGCCACUGUCGGCGUAGUUCGGCAACCAGCAUUGAAACGUUGAGAGAGGUUGAAGAACCACCGGAAAAUGAUGCGCCUAAAUCGCCACAGCAGCAGCAGCAGCAGCGAAAAGCGAAUCAGGUGGAAAAUUAUGAUGACACGCCGAGAAACGUUCCAGCCGGAAACGAACCACCUCAAGAGUCAUCCUACCGGCGGUGGGUCCGUUUCGAAAACGGAAAUAUUGGCCCACCCCGAACAACAGUAGACCAGCAUCGGUCACCAACCCCGGCACGGAUACCGACCCCUUACCCGAGUCCGCCCCGCACCAUGGAUGCCGAGGCCGACGACCACACUCCGGAGCAGCGCCAUCAGGACGUUUUCGAUCAAUUCACUGCGGCACUCGAGCAUCAACCCCAGCCGGGGCCGCCGCCGGUCGAUUUAGUGGAGAACAUUCCCCUGAUUGAUGCCGUACUCGAUGAUUUGCUGACAUUCUCGAAGACACUUGUUCUGCGGCAAAAUCCGGCAUCUUGUGCCGGGGAUUUGCCGUUAGCCCUCGAACGUGAGGAGGCAAAAAUUGUCGAGAUAAAUGACGAUAAUUUAAUUAAUUUAUUAGCUGACGAUGAUGACAAUAGUAGUGCCACGAAAGUGGUUGGCGAAACCAACCAUGGCUUAGUAGUGGAAUCUGGUACGGGGAGCAAAACUUUGCCUUCUAAGCCGGAUUUAAGGAAAGAUGAUGCCGGCAGCUCUGGUUGGCAUCAAGAAAAUAGUGACGAUGAGAGCUUUCGAGUCGAGAAAUGUGAUCUGAAUUCCAAUGAGCAGAAAAGACCACAGCUGGAGUCCGGGCAGCACCAUCGCUCGGAUGACGAUUCCAAAGACAUGAUAGACAAUUACUUGAGCAAGAGGCGCAAUCAGGAGGACAUUUUCACCAACGUUGCCAUUUUCAACUGGAAUCCACUGGACGUCUACCACCAGCACGGACUGUUCAUGAUCGAUCCACGCUUUGCGUUGGCGGACCUACAUGCCACUUCCCCGGACACGGUCCGCGACGGUUCCACUUUUGGUCAAGAUGACAGUACUAACAAGCAUCCGUCGGCAGCCCCCAGCGUCGAUGACCACACGAGAAAUGACGCAUAUUUAAAUUCCGAAAAGCCCACCCAGCCAGUAGCGAUGCAAGACGCAGAUGCCACAGCCGCUAUUGGCAAAGCAGUACGAAUAACUGAUGGCGCAGAUCCGUCACCGGUGGACGUGAAUUCAUUUGCAACUCAACUAGAGACACCAGCACUAACUGACGAGGGCUGCUGCCGUUUGCUCGAGAGUCAUGAAAUCCCAAACGACAGCGCCGGGGCCAGCCGUGGCAGUCCGGCGGCGGUGGGCCAUUUUUACGACUCAGCUCACGUUGAAUAUCCGGUGCGGGCAGACUUGGGCGGCACCAUUCAGCAAUGCCAUCAAUCGCCCAAGGAAUCUGAUUAUGAUAAUGAUCCGGCCAAGACCACGGCCACCAGCAACAGGAGAGGUUCACGAGACGGCGGUGGCAGCUGCAGCGGGCGAGCUAGCCCGCAACGGCCAGAUCUCGCCAAUUUGAGUUCGGACGGAACGGAAGGUUUGAAGCGUGUCGCCUGGCCACCACCAGCUGAGUUUGACGGUGAAUAUCAGCAGCCGCAGCCAGUGCAACAGCAGCAGCAACCUUACCAUUAUCCACCACAGCAGCAACCCGCUCAUCAACAGCCACUCCAGCAGAAUUAUCCUCAACAGCAACAGCAGCAACAUUAUCAGCAGCCUCACACGCAACCACAACAGCACCAACCGCGAGAGCGCAUCAUCCCAAUACAGCGGGCUACAUCCCACACCUCACCGCUCAACACCCCGAAGUCGCCGGUUAACCAGCUCAAGUAUCCGAGCUAUCCACCUUCGUUGCCGCACCAAACGCCCCAGUACCCAAUCCACCAGCAGCCGUCCCCAGUUGGUUCCUCUACAGUGGCCUUCAGCGGGGGUCGUGCCGUCUUGCCCCAAAAACAACAACACCAACAGCAGAAGCAUCAGCAACCGGCCCGCCCCGUAAGUGCCCCGUACCAUCAGCAACAGCCGCAGCAGCAGAGCCGUUAUUCGUCACCAUCGACGGCUUCGUUGGCCUCACCCCGUUCGCCCCAGAUCGUCGGUGGUGGCCAUAGCCCUCGCGGUUGGGCGCACGUUCAAUCACCAGUUCCGGUGUACCGUCCGACACCCCAACAGCACCAGCAUCAGCAACAGUACGUCCCACCGCCCUUUCAAACCGAACCCGCCCCGUACCAACAACAGCAGCGGCCAACCUCCGCCGGUGCUGGGUACGGGCACGGUUACGGACCGAGAAAGCUUGAACCAUCCAACCAACAGCCACAGUAUCAGCCGCAACCGACACAAGCUUUCCAACCACCGGUGUCCACACAAAAUCAACAACAGCUUUAUCAGCAUCCGGAGGCCGUCGUCCCACAGCAACAGCAACAGCAUCAACAGUUCUAUCACACAACCGCAGCGGACAGUCAAAUUCCAUUCGUGACCACCCUCCGCAAAGAAGCACCAAUGUCGCAGGAACCGACUCCCGUCUAUCACACCGAGCCCGUUGCUGCAAUCUAUCAAGGCGGUACCAACAUGCGCGGAGAUCAGAAAUGGCCACCAGCGGACGUCAAGAAACAAUCGGAAUUAGAGAAUGAAGAGCGCCGAAAGCUUGCCCAGCAACCUGCCUUCCGCCCGCGAAAAGUGCAGAAAGAUUACUCCGACUUCUUUGCGAAAAACGCACUCAACGCAACCUAUCCAGGCUACCGAGCACCACCUGGCACUCAACACCACUCGUAAAAACUACACAAGCAACACACGGAUAGAGCAGAAAUUCGCAAUCCUAGUGCAGUGAACACUCAACAACAGAACUUCAACAUUAUAGAAUGAACUAGAAUGGUUCGACCUGCUAAGUUUACUUAGAUAGAUUUUUUAAUGAACAACAACACAACAAAGCAAGCAUAAGGCGCUAACCAUUCUUUAAUUCACGAUUAGAUUCUUGUUACACAGUUACCAAUUACAAACAUAUAAAUAUCAAGCAAUCAAACACAAACAGUAAAUACGAAGUUACUCCAACUAACCUUAUUUAAACGAACCAUGCAACAUACACGAAACUAAGCGGCUUAGGAUUGAAACAAAUUUUAAACUAUUUAUUCAACGUAUAUUUGUUAAGAAUGAUAAAAAGUGUGAUUGUAUUUUAUGUUCACGCGGAUUUUUUUGUUACUGCAAAAAUCAGCUAAUGAUUAAAAAUGAUUUACUUUCUCUCAUUUUCAGUAUCUACUCACACCUAACGCUUAAUUAUUUUUAAUUACUAAUAGAAAUUAGCAAACAGCAGUGAAAGCGACAAAAGCGUAAAAGCAAUUAUAUUUAUGAUAAAUUAAUGGAACAACAGGAGGAAAUAUAGCAACAAGGCAGAGUAGAGCACAGCAAAAAAGAGCUGUUAAAUGAGAAACACAAGUGUUAAAAGCAAUUAUUAAUCAAAUGUGCAAUUGAUAAUGAGUUUUUAGUGAUAAAUAUGAAAGCGCUGCUAAGGGAGUGAGAAUUGCCAAUGAGCCUACCAAUCAGGGCUGUAGACCGCACUUCUCGCCUGCAGGACCAAGCCAACCGACAUCAUCAACGCUAUUUAAUUAAGAAGAGGUCCGGCGUACAGCCCUGCGGCUCCCCGUUCAAAUACCAUGGAAGGGCGAAGUGUACAGUCGAGCGAAAACAUAAAACAAUGAGGGGUUAUAUUUCAUUUAUUUAUUCAUAACUCGCUGUUAUUGGAGCAUCGAAAGGGUUCUUUGCAUGAUGAGCACACAAAAAAUACGGGUUAAAUUUCACACCAGACGCUCUCUGCCAGUUCGCAGCUGGAGCUGUCAAAAAUAGCAAAAGUGCCGAGAGGUCAGCUACUGCCAGCUGCCGAGCAGCAACAAAAGAAUUCCAACCGGGCCAGUAGCUGGCCAGGAUUCUGAUGAUAACAACAAGCAUGCGGGUGACAAAAAAUAAUUAUUUUAAACAUUCAUGCCCUCGAACGCGAUGGAUGCCGUGCCAAAAAUUUAAUAUUUUAUGAGGUAUUCCUCACGUUUAAUAAUUUAUCACAAUGUGAGACUUUUCACGUGAAAUAAUUCCAAGGAAUCGUACAACGGCUAUAAAGCAUGUCCAUGUGAUGUCUGUCAGAUGUAAUUACACUGCGGAAGUACAUUACGUUUUAUAAAAUUCGAUUCUGUUGAUUAAUUUCUAUGAACUUCUAUAGUUUCUGGAAGCAUCGGAGGGAAGCUGGAAUACCCCACUUCCGGCGGACAUUAUUUAUGAGGAGAAUCAUCGCAGUAAUUAAUUUACAUUUUAUCGCGGUGACCCGCAAAUGGAUGACUGGUAGGUAAAGGGUCUUUCAAAAUCAACAAACCAUUAAUUGAAAAUAACAUAUCUAUCCUGUUCAUCGAAUGCUCAACAGGAAAAAGGCCCUACAACCAACGGCCCAAUAAUAAAUAACCACGUGCCCAACCGCCACUUGACACACUGGAAAACAUGCAUAAGUAAAAGAGACACAAGUUAUCUCAUAUCCACACGCACUCAACCAACCGUACCUCACUGACGUUUUGUGUCACCAGAGGGGAUUAUGAAAUAUUUUAAAUUUUCAUUUGCAGUAUUCGGUCGCACAGAGCGCUGAUUCUGGUCGACUUUUUUGUUCGCGACUUUGUCCCACACCAGAGAACCUCGAAAUCCAACCGCACUGAUCGGAUGUGGCAAUGAAAAAAGGCAGCCCGAGCCAGCCCAACAAUCCUACUCGAAUAUUGAUGAAUUUUACAAAUUGUUUUUCCUGUCUACAGAUUUAACUGAUCAAAAUGUAGCACAAAUAAUAGCAUACUAAAUGCCAUCGACGAGCUGAAUGGUCACAAAAAAAACGCGCCCCAAUUUGAAUUCCCGUUUACCCUCCACACUUCAAAAGCUCGAUACGCAACGGAAAUAUAACAAAAAAAACAAUGCAACAAUUUCCCAACGCAGUUAUUAUUUUUCACAUUUUAAUUCAUGAUUCAAAUAUUCAAAAUAUUUAGAUUCACAACCAAACAUCAUGACUGUAUCUGCGCAGUAAAAUAAUUACAUUGCUGUAGCAGUAGCACAUGGUGCGAGGAUAUGUGUUUCUAUACUGUGGACAGUUGUCGGUAUUGCUGAUAUAUAUUUGCUUUUAGUAACGACCAACAGAAAAACCCAUUGUGAGAUAUCAAACCAUGCAAACCAUCAAUGGGAACACAAAGCUCAUGAAUUAACUUUCUGCUAGUUACAAUUAAAGUUAAAGUUAUAACACUGGAAAAUGAGAUUUUUUGUUUGAGCGCUCGCGUAAUAAAUUAAAAGUAUAAAAUAAAACCAAA